CGAUGAGCCAGGAAGACGGUUUCACUGCUUCACUGUUAGGUGUGCGUGGAAACGGUUAAUGAUUCAGGUGGAGUUGAUAAGCACCAGCAUCCGGUUUGGACUCUGAGCAGAUCGAGCUCAGAUGCGUGGGCUCCCGAAUGGAUCACACUGGAUCAGGACCAGAUGCCUGCAAUGCCGACGCCCACAGCAGCCGAACACUGGACCUCGUUGUGGAGCGGCCCCCCAGACUGGCCCCGCCGCCGCCGCAGAGGAGACCGCGGCAGCAGCUGGAGGUCUCCGCCGACCGAGCACAGCUCACACCGACCAUGCGCAAAAAACACUUUAAAGAUUCCAUUUUGAACAACGGUCUGAAUAGCGUGUUGACAUCUCAAAGUCCAUGUGCUUCCGAACCGGACACGAACUGGGCUCUUCACCCGAUGGAACACUGGAUGUUGGCAUCAGUGGAGGGCAGUUACGACUCCAUCAUGCAGUUCAUCUCUGAAGAUCCGGGGCUGAUCACCAGGAGGGACUUCAUCAGCGGGUACUCGGUUCUGCACUGGCUGGCCAAGAGGGGACAGGAUGAGACUCUGCUCAAAGUUUUGCGGUACGCGCAGGAAAUGGGGCUCCCGGUGAGUGUCGAGGUCCGGGGUAGCGGCGGACUCACCCCGCUGCAUGUAGCCAGCAUGCACGGCCGGUACUCGGUCAUCAAGGUGUUGGUCGGAGCUUUCGGCGCAAGCGUUGACGUCAUGGACCAUAACGGAAAGCGAGCCUGGCAGUAUUUACGCCAGGACGCACCGCUGGACAUCAAGGAGUUGCUGGGGACUUGGGACGAUGCGCAUCACGCCGCUGGAGCAAGCGACACGAACGGCAGCGUCUCGGCGGUGGUGGUGAGCACCACGGAGGCGGAAGAUGAAGCUGCGGCUGAUCGAGGAGCCUUUGACCGGGCCAGACGAGCUGGCAGCUGGAGAUUUGGAUCUUUGAGGAAGAUCAUGAACUCUUUGAGAUAAACUCACACCUGCCUGUAGUUCGUUGAAAAACCAACCGCAUUAGUUUAAUUUGAUGACGUGGCAAAUGUUUGAGAAUUCACUCAUAAAACUGAGAGGAGGCAGCAACGGAAAAUGUGGGCACUGCCCCACAGUUGGAAUCCCCACCACAGUCACACUCAAAUGAUGGGUAUUCAAGGACCUUUUCAUGGGUGUGAGUCAAGCAAGAGUUUGGGUGGUGCCCACGUUUUUUCCUAAAUAGCGACUCACUCCUGUCCCAGAAUUCAUAGCAUCAAGUUAACAUUUAUCAUUAUGCCUAAUAUAUAUAUACACUCUUGAAAUAACUAAUCCAGCUCACAACAGCAGAAAGCAGAUACUGGUUUGAUCACAGAUCGUUUAUUUUCAAACGUGAGCACAAGUAUCUGUACAAAACAUGGCUCCCUCGGCCAGGUCCAGUCCAGCAGCAGGACAACCAGGCAGGAUGGAAUGGAGGGACGUCGGAUCCAGAGACCCUCACGCUUACAGGCCGAGCUUGGUCCUCCUCCAGUGUCUCCUCUUGGAGUUGUACCUGAUGGAGAACAAUGGAAGGUUGAUUAGACACAAGGCAAUGCAGCCUGCUUAAAAACAUUUCAGUGUGUCAACUUCAAGAAUUUGGACAUUCUUCAAAGAAAGUGUUCCUCAUUUUGAUGAAGUCACAGGUUCAAAAGAUUAAGAAUUUCAUACUUCUGCAAUUUAAACUCAUCAGUGUGACAAAAUAAACCAUUUCAACUAAUGAAUUUGAACAGUAGUUUGCAAUUCACUUUGAAAAACAUUACACCCUUAUUUAUCACAGCCACGUUUCUACAGACAAGCAUUAAACAUGCUAGAUCUUUGUGCUAUAAUGUUCCACUCUUAAUGCAUCAUGCCAACAUUCAUUCUUUCCAACAGACUAUGCUUUCACUGCCACUAUGACCUAAGACUAUAAUAUUCAAUGUCUUCUCUACAUGGAACUAUUUACAAAGUUGAAGCUCAGUUUCUUCACACAAGACAGUCCGCGAUGACUCACCACAGGUAAGUGGCCAAAACGUCUCAACUGGUGCCAAAUGAUACCUUGCAAGUAAGCUACUUGGC